AUGGAGAACUACACUGUGUCUGGCAUUGAGAAGGCCAUUAGAUCUCUGAAUGAGCUCCAGGAGGAUCUAGAUCCGGAUGGGCAAUUUAUUAUACGGGCCAUCGACAAAUUUCAGGACGAUCCAAUUGUAAUAGAGAAACAUUUACCCAAAUUAACCUCCGCACUGCUGGAUGAUUUUUUCUUCGAUGAUGAUUCACAAGAUCGUUUCCAUUCGCAAUUACGUAAAGCUGAAAUUUUUUAUCACUUGGCAAAGAUAACAAAACUGUCGACGGUAUCGUUACAUUUAAAGACAAAUGUGUUCCUUAUCUCAACCAUCUUAAAAUUACUACAAGAUAACGUUACCAUUGAAAAUCGCAAGAAUGAUAACAGGAUAUGGUACUUGAAUUAUCUCUUGUUAGCCUGGCUGAACAAUAUACUGAAAUCACCAUUUGAUUUCAAAACCGUCGAUACGGAUAUUUUCCCACUGGUUAGUCAGUUUAAGAAAUUUAAACUACUUGAUACUAUAGUUUGUCAAAUACAUUCUCAAUUGUUAUUCAAGAAUAAAGAAUUGUUUAUUGAAAAGGAACGGGAUCAACAGAUUGAUCUAUUAACUUGGAAUUAUUUCUUGAAAAAUUUUACAAGAACAAUAGCUUCACAGUCAUCAAUAAUACAAUACAUUGAUAAAGAUCAAUUAUCAAAAUUAACCAAUGAAAUCAUCAACCAUGAUUCAUCAUCAUCGACAAGUAUAAAUAUUCCCAUAAUUAUCAAAAUAUUACCGAAUUUAUUCUUAUUAAAUGCAUCCAUAGAUAACUGGGAUAUAUUAGAAUCAAUAAUAUCAUGGUUCUUAUCUAAUCUUUCAUUAUCAUCAGUCGAUUUAAGAUUUAAUAUGGCUCAUUCAUUUAAUAAAAUUAUAACCAUCUUAGCAUCAUCACAAUUUAAUGAAUUGGAAAUGGCAAUGGAUCUAACUCAUGAAAUAAUUGACAAUACCAUAUCCAUUCUAAAUGAUAACAAGUCUCAUGAUUUGAAAGAUAUUGACUAUUUACAUACUCAUCUAUUAAUCAUUGCAGAAGCUAUCAAAUUCAUCACAAAGCAAACGCCAACUUUAUUACAAACAAUAACUACUGAAAUAUUACCUAUAACAUUAUAUUUCCAACAAAGAAGAUUGACCGUUAUAAAGGGUUCCCAAAUCAAAGACGCAUCAAGUUUUAUCAUUUGGUCAUUGGUCAGAUGUAAACAAAUUCCCAAGGAAAUCAUACACGAAACGUUCAAAAACGCAAUAGCUUGUUCAUUAUUUGAUCCUGAUUUUCUCGUUAGAAAGGCUUCCAAUGCCGCAUUACAGGAAUUAUUAGGGAGAUAUGGUACUUUAAUUUUAGAUCAAAACACUAUCAUGAAGUUUAUUGAGUUACCAAUCAAUGACUUGAAAGUAUCAUACCAUGAAACCAUUAUUAAAUUGUAUCAAUUAUUUGCUUCACAAUACCCCAUUUUUUGGAAUCAUAUAAUUAACUGGUUAUUUAGAUUUAAUCUCAUGGAAAAUUUGGAUUUAAAUAUGGUUAAAUUGACCGCAGAUGCAUUUGUACAACUUUUCAAAUUUAAUUCCCAAGUAUUGAUAGAAGUGCAAUUUCAAAAAACAUUAUCAACACUAAUAGACUCAUCAUUAAUGUCAUCGUCUACAUCAAAGAUAACAAGAUUAUCUUACCUUAUUACGGAACUGACACCCCCAUCUAGUGAUAUAUUACCCAUAAAUGACGAACUUUGCUCAAGAAUGACAAAGAUGAAGGAAAUAUUGUUCAACUUGAAUUCCUCAUUACAUGUAACAAUGACUCCAACAAGACAAUUCCAAUUUUUAACAAUAUUAAAAUAUUUUAUCACCCUACUAACGCAUGGAAGUUUCAAUUUCACUCACAAGGAAUCGAAAUUGUUAAUUCAAAUCAUAAAAUCUUUACCUACCGACCCUCACUCAUCCAAUUUUGAAAUAUUCGAUCAAUUAAUCAAAAAGAUCAUUUCCAUCCUAUCGCAUGAUAAGAUCGCCAUCGAUAAUGAAUUUUGGGUGAAUUUGGAAAAUCUAAUAUCAUCAAACAACUCCUUAGCUUGUUCAUCCCUUCCAUAUAUGGAACCACUCAAAUUUAUUGACUUGAUGGAAACAAAUCUUGGCAAAUUGAAUUGUCAGUCUAAAUCUAGAAUAAUCGAUUCUUUAAAUGAGAAAAUGGCAUCAUCCAAUUAUAAUAAGGAAUUAAUCAUCCCAUUCCUAGAAAAAAUUCUACCAAGUUUCCUAAAUGAUUAUACAAUUACAGAACAAGGUGAUAUUGGAAGAUUAGUGAGAACAAGUUCCUGUAGUCUAAUAGCUAACCAUUAUGAAACGUUCAAUUUUAACCACACUGAACAUCCAUCAUCCAUCAUUAUUCCAUCCUUAGUACGCAUAUCAAUGGAACCAGCAUCUGGAUUAAAGGCCAUAGCAUUCAGCACUGUAUCCAGAAUAUACAAUUCUGAAAAUAUUAAUGACAGGUUAACCUUCUAUAAAUUGAAUUUAAUGGAAUCUCCGUGGAAAUCAGAAUUUUGGAAAGGAUUUAUCAUGACUGCAGGUGCACUAUACUCAUCAGAUUUAGAAAUCACAACAUAUUUAGAUCAAUUCUUAAACUUUUAUUACCAUGAUCUUUCCUCUCCUAAAGAGCAAUUGGAACUCGCUAAUGAAUUGGUUAGGAUUAUUCCAACGGCAACUCAGUUGAAGGCGUCCAUGGCAAAUAAUAAAUCCAUUUCUACGUCUAAUUGGGACUUAAUGAAAUUCACCAUUACUGCAUGGAAGUUUUGGGAAAGACUAUUAGAAUCAAACAUCAAGAUACCAGGUGGGUUUAACAUUAAGGGAGUUUAUGCCAAACUUUAUAAUUUAUACCUUGUGGAAAAGAAGCAGACUUUAUUAAGGGUGGGAAUAAUCAAACUCUUACCACAUUUAUGUGUUCUUUACUCACAGGAUCCAAACUCGGCAAAGGAGCAAACGAACGUUUUCAUUAAUACUGUUCUUGAAAGAAUGCUAGUAUUAAUCCAGAGAGAAUGCGCUACCUCCUCGAUGACAUCUGUAUCUGUUAUCAUGAGGACGUUGAUGGAAUCUCUGGUACAAAUCUUACUCGAGUUUGACGGAACUACACAAUUAACCAAUUUGAAAGAUGCCUCAAGAAAUAUUGAGACACUUAAGAAUUUAUCAUUAACGAAUAUAAUUUUAUAG